CACACAAAAUUGAAAUCGAAAACCCACUCACCCACACACCAACAAUGGAGGCACACAAUGGAGAGAAUAUGAUGAACACUUUAUUCGGAGAAGACGAUGACGAAGAGCAAAGACAAUCGUCACCAUCAUCAUCGGCAUCUGCGUCGUCAUCUAAUUCUUCCGGUGGCGGCGGCGCCGCAGCAUCAUCGUCGUCAUCGGCGGCGUCAUCAUCGGGUUCAUCUUCGCGUUCUUCAUCAAGUAGAAGUAGUAGUGGCGGAGGCGGAAGUGGAAGUGAGAGGGAAGCUGAUGAGGAUGAUACUGGAGAAGUGAUUUCACAUAGUAAUAAUAAUAAUUAUAAUUAUCAUAAUGAAGAAGAAGAAUAUGGUUAUAAUGAUGAUGAUGAUAAGGACCUGUUUGGUGAUGAUAAUGAAGAUUAUGUUAAUACGCUUUCGAAAAGCCGUUUCCCUGUUCCUGUUUUGCCUCCUAUACGUAACACUAACCACCCAACAAGAGGAGGCUUUGGCCGGGGUCGCUGGCAAAACGAUAGAGGUGCUGGUAUCCUUCCGCGACCAGGAACUUAUCCCCCAAGGCAGAACUAUGGUUAUGGUUCCAAGUUUUUCAAUGGCCCUCGUGAUGAACGCUUUGUCUCUGAAUUGAAGUUUGCAAAGAGUGAAGAAACGUUAGCAAGAAAAUGUAUAGCUUUUCAAGAGCCAUGUGAACUCGCAUGCUUCAGUCGCGUUGAAGGUGGAGAUGUCUACUUCGAUGACCGCAGUUUGAGACUAUUCAAGCGUCUAAUUACUGAAGAUGUUGGGGCAGACCUGAAUGAAGGUUUUGACACUUUCACUGAGAAGAAAGAUUUGGGUUCUCAAGGUUUUGGUGACUUAUUGGCCAGUAUCAGGAAUAAAAAUAUACCACUUGAUAGAAUGCAUUUUGUGACUUACCGCAACAACCUCAAUAAGAUAAUGGCUACUGCUUAUCUUAGGAAUGAACCUUGGGAAAUGGGAGUUCACAAAAGAAAGGGGGUUGUGUAUCUUGACGUACAUAAACUGCCAGAAAGACCAAAGAGUGUGAUGGACCGGAAAAGGUGUUACUGGGGAUAUUGUUUCGAGAGUCUUGCCACUGAAGAUCCUAGGCGAUCUGAUGGAGAAGGGAUACAUCAUGUUGAUGCCAAUGUUGAAUAUUGUGCUGUAGUAAAGACAAAAUUAGGAGCACAUCGUAUUUUAAUGGGGGCUGAAAUGGACUGCUGUGAUUCAACUGAUGAGGGGAGGAGGUUUUAUGUGGAAUUGAAAACUAGUCGCGAGCUGGAAUAUCAUACAGAGGAAAAAUACGAGAGGGAGAAAUUGCUUAAGUUUUGGAUCCAGUCAUUUCUUGCUGGUGUACCUUAUAUUGUUGUUGGUUUUAGGGAUGAUAAUGGUCGUCUUGUUCGCACGGAAAGAUUGAGGACUAAAGAUAUUACACACAGAGUAAAAAUGAAAAAUUACUGGCAGGGUGGAGUGUGCUUAGCAUUCGCAGAUGAAGUCUUGUGCUGGCUCUACGGGACAGUAAAAGAAAAUGAAGACUACAUAUUGCAGUUUGCACAUCCUUUUAUGCGUUUGGAGCUUCUUCAAGCUCAGUCCUGUCCCGAUGCAAUAACAGACCAUGUUCAACAGUUAUAAUACCUAUUUGGAUGAUCAAAUUCUUAAUAAAGGGUAGCAAUUCCAUAGCGUAGCGCUGUUCAAUGAAGAGUAAGAAUAUUCCCCUUUUUCUUUUGCGGAUUUUUUGUAUUAACUGUAAUCAGCUGUAUAUUUAUUGAUGAUGCAAGAAACUACACCCCGUUACAUCGAGUCUUAUCAAAGUUAAGUUGUAAGGGGCAGUGUAAAAGUUUAACCGAAAUGGUUGCAACAAUUGGAAUUCUCAAUUUUGUUCUUUAAAACUGUGUUCUUGAAGGAAGUUGUCGUCCUUUCUGGGGGCCUAUUGGGAACGCCUCUUGCACGGUCUUCCAAAUCGACUGAAAGAGUUGGUUUUUUUUCCCAGGACUGAUGCUAGCAGUUGGAUUCAAUAUUAAAAAAUCCUUGUACGCUAAUCGGCUAUUAUACGUACUGAAAGUUUCAAGUACAAUAUCGGGUGUAACCAUCUCAUAUGAUUUGUAACUAGAUCGUCAUACUCUUCCGUGCUAUAUCUGGGGGAUUCACAAGGACAAAAGUUGUUAGUAUUACAGUUUCACAGACAUCUGAAGGUCUCUACUCCUUCAUGAGGAAGAAUGUCUUUGAAAUUCUAUUAUUUGUUCCUCCAAUGGGACUUUAAUGGUGAAUUAGAUCAUUGUCAAUUUUGCAGCUUUAGUAUUCUCUAGGAGAUUAGUUUUUAUGUACCCUACAAUAUGAUGAAAUUAUGAUUAUCAACUUUUAUGUAGGCAACAUAUUCAGUGUGCCAAA